ACGUUUGAGAAGAGCGCUCUAACUUCAAUUUAAGUGUUUUAGUAUUUGAAUUUUAUUUUCACGAUCAUCAACUUUCUGGAUCGUCUUAUAUUUGGAAUCCUUAGAGUACAUUUGUAUAUUAUUUAGUUCGUUUUUGCAGAUCGUGUUCUAAUUUAUGUCUCAAAGAAAUCAGAGACUAGGCUCAGUGUCAGUUUUAGAGUUAAUGUAUUAAACAUUAUCAUGAUGUGUUGUUACACGUUUUUGAGAAUAAACAAACAAGAAAUGGACCACGUGGAACGCUAAUCAGUUUCAAAUGAAACUGACAACACACUCAACCUGUAAUAACAUUUCAUGCAUAUAAAAACCGAACGUGCAGCACUCAAGAGUUCAUAAACAUAAUGAUUUAGUCGUUCUGACAGUUUAUACUUGGUACAUUGAUUGAUGAUAAUGUUUUAUGUUUUAACAUUGAAUAUAACAAGAUAAGUUUUGAAAACAAAUCAUUUUGAAACCAUUAUCUUGUAUUAAGUGACAGACAGACAAUGUAAGUGAUCAAUUAGCGAAUAACGAAGAAUGAUAUCAGUACUCUAAGUUUUGAAUGAUAAACAAAGAAUGGUAAAAAAGUUCAACUAGCCCCUACCGGAUAAAAAAGUAUUGGUGAUAAUUUUAAGACAAAUAAUUUAGGAAAUAUGUUAUCUCAACGUGUAGCAACGAAAAAGUCAUCAUUUUUAAUCAAAGACAUACUCUCUGAUGAACACGGAAAUGACCAGGAUAAAACAAAACAACAUAGCGUACGUAAUAAAGACAAAGAUGAUACACAACAUAGGGACCUAUCGAUACAAGUAAAACAGAAGACACAACCUACUAUCCCGAGGAUACCAAUAUUCAGGCACGGACUUCACAGAAAUGGAAUGCCCAGUUGUGGAUGCUGUCGGGUGCCGCCAACUCCUAGUCAUAUCCCAUUAUCGCCCGACUUCCUUUUACACAGGGCGCAACCUUUCGGAAAGAUGCCUCAUCUCCCGGGACUUUAUGGCAUCACCCAGGACCAGAUGUCUAUGCCUAUCCCAUUGCCUGUAUACGUCCGCACGAGAUCACCGCUCGGACCAGAUGGGUACCUCCGCCCAAAGAAAUGUCGCAGAAGUCGAACUGUAUUUACUGAACUUCAGUUAAUGGGUUUGGAGAAAAAAUUUGACGAUCAAAAAUAUUUGUCAACUCCAGAUCGCGUUGACCUCGCAGAUUCUCUAGGAUUGAGUCAGAUCCAGGUUAAGACGUGGUACCAGAACAGGCGUAUGAAAUGGAAAAAACACGUCAUGCAAAAUGGGGGUACAGACCCUCCAACUAAACCGAAAGGUCGACCCAAGAAGAACGCAGAUCUGAACUCACAAUCGAUGACGUGUGAAACCACGUGAGAUUGAAAACGGUGUCGCUGAUUGUGAUAAAUGCCAAUCUAAUCACCUUGGCGAUGUAUCUCUCAGUAAGCUGAAUGAUACCUUGGAAAGCAAAGUUUCUAAUAACAAUAUCGGGAACAAUAUAGCCAAUAGCCAUAUACGGUGUACUCCAUCAGACUCUCAGUGGAAUUGGUGUCGCAGACUUGUCUGAAUUUAAUGUUAAUAAGAGAAAACUGUGUAAAGAUGAAAUAAAUAAAUAAUAUAUAACAGUCCAAUGUUUUGUGUCACCUUGUUCCCGGUGUUGGCGUCUUUGUAAUCGAAUGUCAUUCUGGACUGUGUGUUGCUCACCC